GGAUUGUUAAUUAAACAUCGUUCUUUGUUUUCUCUCAGCCCCCUUUGAAAAAAUGGACAUUGAACCCUCUUUGGUGGGUUCAGCUGAGAGAUUCAAGCUAGAUCAUGAACUCGAAUUGCACGAAUUCGAGGACAAGUUUGUCAUCAAAUCCCUUCAAUCGCCCAAUCAAGGCUUCUGGAUUAGCCGCCGCGAUGGGAACAUCAAUUUCCUAACGAGAUCAUUUCAUUGCAGAGCAUAGUAUGAGAUAUGCUCUGGAAGUCCUUCAAGGACAUCAACAAUUUAUGGUGUGGUGGGAACAAUAAGACUUGUUGUAGGAACGUAUGUUGUUGUAAUAACCUCUUGCAAGGAAGUUGGAAGUUUCCUUGGCUAUCCAGUAUAUCGUGUGAUGUCUAUGAGAGUACUUGCCUGUAAUGAUGCUUUAAAGUUUUCAACUGGGCAGGAAAAAAAGGAUGAGGCUUACUUCAUGACACUAUUGAACAUAGUGGAGUCAACGCCGGGUUUGUACUAUUCGUAUGAAACUGAUAUUACGUUGAACUUGCAGAGAAGAAAUAAGCUAGUGGAAGGGUGGAUGAGUAAGCCAUUAUGGAAGCAGGCUGACCCUAGAUAUAUCUGGAACAGACAUCUUUCAGAGGAGCUUAUCGAGUGUAAGCUGGACAGAUUCAUCGUGCCCAUAAUACAAGGAAGCUUCCAAGUAGCAGAACUGAAGCUAAAAGAUUCACUUGCGAUGGUAACAUUAGUUUCGAGGAGAUGUAAUCGACGCCUAGGAACAAGAAUGUGGAGAAGAGGAGCUAACCUUGAAGGUGAUGCUGCCAAUUUUAUUGAAACUGAACAGUUGCUUGAAACUGAACGAUUCAGAUCUUCAUUUUUGCAGGUUCGAGGCUCGAUUCCUCUACUGUGGGAGCAGAUUGUUGAUCUAAGCUAUAAACCACACCUUAGUGUCAUUAAACAUGAGCAAACGCCACUUGUAGUGGAGCGUCAUUUCAGUGAUCUAUCACAAAGAUACGGAGAGAUAAUAGCAAUUGAUCUAACCGAAAAACAUGGCGAAGAAGGUCAAUUAAGUGCAGCAUAUGCUGCUGAAAUGAAAAAUGUGCCAAACGUGAGAUAUGUGCCAUUUGAUUUCCAUGGCCACUGUAAGGACUCAAACUUUGAUAAUCUGGAAAUCCUGUAUGACCAAAUCUCUGAGGAGUUUCAGCUGAGCAGAUACUUCUUGAUAGAUAGAGAAGGAAAUGUACUAGAGGAGCAGAAAGGAGUUAUUAGAUCAAACUGUGUUGAUUCCCUUGAUCGAACAAAUGUUACUCAGUGCUAUCUGGCCCAGAAAGCCUUAAAUCUACAGUUGCAGAGGAUUGGGGUGCUUAGUCCUUCUGAGUGCAUUUCUAUGUUUGAUGAAGAAUAUGGAAAGUAUAGAGCAUUGUGGGCGGAACAAGGUGAUGAAAUAAGCCUCGAGUAUACUGGGACUCAUGCCCUCAAAGGGGACAUAGUGAGGUAUGGAAAGCAAACAAUAUUCGGAAUGAUUAAAGAUGGGAUGAGUGCACUUUCACGAUAUUACUUAAACAAUUUCCAUGAUGGAAUUCGACAGGAUGCUUUGGAUUUAAUAAGUGGCCACUAUACUGUCAAUCGAAACAGUCUUUCUCCAAUCGGGCAGAACGGCUUUGAUCCUUUUUCUUUCCUCCCGGUGACAUCAGCGUUGAUAAUUGGUGGUUUGACUUGGGCGAAAUGUGCACCAGUACGUGUCUACUGCAAUCUGUGCUGGAAUAACUGCUGGGGUUAUGGCAAUUCUCAAAGCUAAUGGAAGGCAGUUUUGUUCAAGGCCCCGCUUGUGUGGUCUCUUGUAAUACAAGUAAUCACUAUUAUUCGCUUCCUCCAAUGAACAGAAUGUAGAAAGUUUGUGUUGUCAUAUUUGAUAUUGUAAAUAUAAUGCUUAUGCUGUUAAAUAAUUUGUGUAAAGAUUGAUAGUUAGCUAUCCAUCCUGUUGAUCAGUUGGUGUAGCAUGGACCUCGGAUUUCCAUUGAGAUGACCAGAUUUUGGUUCUUUUAAAAGAAAAUACAGAAUACAAAAUUAAUUCUUUGUUUCUAA